GCUGUACAGGAAGCCGCUGAGGGUGGUCUUCUCAUUGAGGCCGAUAAAGACUUUCCAGAGCCUUAUGAGCGCUGGAGCAUUUUACAAGCUGUGUUCUUCUCAUCGACUGUGUUAACUACAAUAGGUUAUGGCAACAUAGUACCCGACACGGGCGGACGUGUUUUCUGCAUCUGCUUCGCUCUAAUCGGCAUUCCAUUUACGCUCACCGUCAUCGCCGAUUGGGGUCGCCUCUUUGCGACAGCCGUCUCAGUGUUGGGCAAAUAUAUGCCAAAAGUACCGAAUUUUACGAAUUUCAUCGGCAAAACGUGGUUUUAUGCCAUUUUGGCGGUUUGCUUUUUGGGCGUCUAUUUGGCUGCGGGCGCCUGGCUGCUGCUGCUGUGGGAAGAUGACUGGACGUUCUUUGACGGUUUCUAUUUUUGCUUCAUCACAAUGACAACCAUCGGUUUUGGUGAUCUGGUGCCGAAAAAACCAAAUUAUAUGCUACUCUGCACUUUGUACAUUCUCAUCGGUUUGGCGUUGACUUCCACCAUUAUCGAGUUGGUGCGCCGGCAAUAUGCCACCAGUUGGGCGAAGCUGCAAGAACUUUCCGGACCGAUGGCCGAGACUUUACGGCGACUGGGCGAAACUGCUGGCUAUGGUUUGGACUACAUGGCAUUGCAAAAAGUGUUGACGGUUUCAAUGCCCAAAUGGAAUACUGGCGGUAAAAAGGAUCCCAACUCCGAUAUCGCCGCAUUGGAAGCGAUUACCAACGCAUUACUCAAGGAAGUUAAGGAAGCGCAAGAAAAUAAACCAAAAGUUUUGAAAAUUGUCAUUUACGAGACAUCGGUCUAACUUAAGUAUCGAAAUUAUUUUCAUAAGAAUUGAUGUAAAUUUUAAGACUAGCAUAAAAGUGGUGUACAGGUAUUCGAGCUAGUCAUUUCUUUCGUUGUUAGUUACAAUACUUUAAGAAUGCUAUUUUAUAUGCAUGACUUUGGGAGAGUGCCGGGGUUAUGCUUUACAGCGCACAAAUUCAUAGAAAUAAUUUAAAAAUAAAUCAUACUCGCCAAUAUCAUUUAAGUAGUCGUAAUUAGCACGCUGUAAUUUAAAAGCAUACUUUUAGGCUGUCAUAAAAGUUAUAAGUCGUUUGUGUACUACAUAUAUUAAGCGUGUAAUUUCUCUAAGUUGCAACGUACAUCAAAAACGUCAGACAUGUUGGACGCACACAAAACAAUUCAAUUUGAUUGGUUAGUACGAUUAACUACCAAAUGUAGCAAUAAGUAAGCCAAAAGCUUAAAAAUCGAUUGUAAGCAUAUCUACUUACAUACAUAAAUAAGUUUAGCGGAGUAGUGUAAGGCUUCCAUAAAAUGUAUAAAUAUAAAUUA